GAGCCGGCCGGCGGUGUGUGAGGAGCCGGAGCCCGGGGUGCGAGGAGCCCGGAGCCCGGGGUGCGAGGAGCCGGCCGGCGGUGUGUGAGGAGCCCGGAGCCCGGGGUGUGAGGAGCCGGCCGGCGGUGUGGGCCGAUGGGGAAGGCGGCCGCCGUCCUUGCAGCGCUCGCCGCCCGCGGUGUCCGGGAGGUGCUGCGGGCGGCUCGAGAGCCCGGGCUGCUCCGCCUGGGCCUCCGGGCUCCGACGGCGCCGGGCGACCGCGCCCCCAGGCUCUGGGCCCGGAGCUGCAGCAGCGAGCGCUCGGGGAGGAGCAGGGCGGAAGAAGCGGGUAAAUGGUGCGGCGCAGACCGGCGGGGUAACGAUUCUAUUUACCAGCCAGUGUUUAACAUUGAUGUUUUGGUGGCUCUGUUACGCCAGGAAAAUGCCAAAGAUGUAUGCGUUAUCAAACUACCUAUGGAAAUAAAGUAUGCUGAUUAUUUUAUCAUUGUGAGUGGAACUUCUGCAAGGCAUUUACAAGCUAUGGCACAGUAUGCAGUAAAAGUGCAUAAACACUUGAAGAGAGGAGAGGACGAUCAUGCCCACAUUGAAGGGAAAGAUACUGCUGAUUGGAAGUGCAUAGAUUUCGGAAACAUUGUCGUACAUUUUAUGCUACCUGAAACCAGGGAGAUCUACGAACUGGAGAAACUCUGGACCUUGCGUUCCUACGAUGAUCAGUUUGUUAGAAUACCCUCAGAAGUUCUUCCAUUGGAUUUUAUAUAUGGACUAACUGAUAACUGAGCAAAAAUAGAGUAAUUUCUAAAGGACUGCUUUGAAGUGAUUUCUGAAAUACCAAAGAAUGAGAUGGGCGAAAUGAACCAAUCUGUGCAGCAAAUUCAGUGAAAAAGCAAAAGGCUGUCAGUUCAGGGCAAGGUGUGUGAUUAGCUCAAAUAUAUAAUACACGGGUAGUUUUCUUGAGUGAACCAUGUACAAAUUAAGCAGCUGUUGUAUAGGUUUUUUGUUUUAAAAAGUAUUAAAUGUACAAAGACCAAAUGAGUGACUUCAUAUAAACAACCCCCCC